ACAAGGACCUGUACAAGGAGGCCAUGAUGGAGGAGCACCAGCCUCUUAUAUCACAAGCAAAUCCCAGUGAGAAUUCUGAGGGAAACUUCAUGUCAUCACUAAAUUAUAAUGUAGAAGAAGAAGAUAUCAUGCUGCACUUUCCAGGGGAAAACCUCACUACCGUUAAACUAUAUCCAGGACUUCACAAUACAGAUCUGUCAUAUAAUACCCCUAAUUAUGAGAGAGCUUCUACACACAGAGGAAUUCACACAGGAGAGAAGUUGUAUUCAUGUUCCACUUGUGGGAAAUCUUUUACAGAUAAAUCACAUCUUGUUAAACAUAAGAGACGUCACGCAGGAGAACAACCAUAUUUAUAUUCAGAAAAUUUUACAGAUAUUUCACUUCUUGAUACACAUCAGAGGAAUCGCACGGUAUUGCAGCCAUAUUCAUGUUCAGAAUGUGGGAAGUGCUUUACAAAUAAAUCAGAUCUCAUUAGACAUGAGAGCUAUCACACAGGAAAUAAGCUGUAUCCAUGUUCAGAAUGUAGGAAAUGUUUUACCACAAAAUCAAAUCUUGUUGUCCAUGAGAGAUGUCACACAGGAGAGAAACCGUAUUUAUGUACAGAAUGUGGGAGAUGUUUUACACAGCGAUCAAGUCUUGUUUCCCAUGAGAGAAUUCACACAGGAGAGAAGCCUUAUUCAUGUUCAGAAUGUGGGAAAUGCUUUGCAAAUAAAUCAGUUCUUGUUAGACAUGAGAGAACUCACACAGGAGAGAAGCUAUAUCCAUGUUCAGAAUGUGGGAGAUGUUUUAACACUACUUCACAACUUGUUACACAUGAAAGAUGUCACACAGGAGAGAAACCAUAUUCAUGUUCAGAAUGUGGGAAAUGUUUUACACAGAAAGCACAACUUGUUUUCCAUGUGAGAAGUCACACAGGAGAGAAACCAUAUUCAUGUUCAGAAUGUGGGAAAUAUUUUACAAGGAAAUCAUAUGUUGUUAGACAUCAGAAAUCUCAUACAGGGGAUAAGUUGUAUUCUUGUUCAGAAUGUGGGAAAUGCUUUACACAUAAAGAAUAUCUUAUUGCACAUGAGAGAAUCCACUCAGAAGAGAAGCCUUACUUAUGUUCAGAAUGUGGAAAAUGUUUUAAAUGGAAAUCACAUCUUGUUUCCCAUAAGAGAGUUCACACAGGAGAGAAGCCAUAUUCGUGUUCAAUAUGUAAGAAAUGUUUUAGUGAUAAAUCAUAUCUUAUUACACAUGAGAGAAGUCACACAGGAGAAAAGCCGUAUUUAUGUUCAGAAUGUGGGAAAUGUUUUAGAAAGAAAGAACAACUUGUUUCCCAUUUGAGAAGUCAUAUAGCAGGGAAGCCAUAUUCAUGUUCAGAGUGUGGGAAAUGUUUUAAAGAUAAAAUAUAUUUUGUUGCACAUCAAAGAUAUCACACAGGAGAGAAGCAGUUUUCAUGCUCAGAAUGUGGGAAAUGUUUUAUUACUAAAUGCAUACUUAAGAAGCAUGAGAGAAGUCACACAGGAGAGAAGCCGUUUUCAUGCUCAGAAUGUGGCAAAUGUUUUACUACUAACUUCAUACUUAAGAGGCAUCAGAGAAUUCACACAAGAGAGAAGCCAUUUUGAUGUUUUAUAUGUGGAAAACUUUUAGUACGGAAAUCAAAUACCAAAGCUCAUGAGUUCAGAAGAAACUUUAUAAGGUGUUUUGAAUAUGGGAAAUGCUACAAUACAAAAAAAAAAAGAACUUUAAACUCUGGUAUUCACAGACAUAACAGAAAUAACGGGGCUACAUGGCAACAUAUGUACAUUUCUGCGAUUUAAUGGUAAACUUAUCUAGAUACUGGAGCUGAGUAAUAUAUCGGUGGUGGGAAUCGCUUGUGAUGUCACAUCUGUUAAUUAACUCCUGAAUAAUGCCAACAUGAAGUCAGUGACCAAGUGAUGCUCAUAUAUGUGUUUCAAAACCAGGUGCGGGUCAAAAACACAGAAGAGGUGCGAAUCAUUUCACCUGAUAUCUGUGGAGGCUUCGCUACUGGUUUUUGCUCACAAUAACUGACCAAAUAGCUAAAGUGUGAAUUCAGCCUUAUUAUUAUUUUGUAUGUCAGAUAAGUACUGGCCGGUAGGUGGCCCACUCAUUUCGUUUGUGCUUGUUAAAUAAUGAUUAGACCAUACUUUAUUAUUAUUUUUUGUAAUAUGCAUUUUUCAAUUUUUUAAAUAAAAAAUUAUAUAUUUUUUCGAUUAUCUCUCAAUAAAACACCAAUCCCCGGCUGUUUGGGAAUAAUACUAGAACAAAAAUCAUAUAAAAUGUAAUUGCACAAGAGCAGCACAGUUAUACGGCUUUAUGGUGAUAAUCUAGCCAAAUAACAUUUCUUUGGGUGAUUUACAGUUACCAUUUCAGGUUGUACAAUUGGAUAUAAAACAUCUACUGAUGCCUCAUGACGUUUUUUAGAAAUCAUUUGAUAAAUCCUGUAUUUUAAAUCUUACAGUUAAAUCGGUUUUCUCAUCUCGGACAUUUAUGACAUAUCCACAGGCUGAGAGGAGGCCUGGUUACAGAUAUAGUCAGGAUUACUGCACUAUGCUGUAUCUUUACCUCACAUUCACUUCUAUGGGCAUCACAGAAACAGUAAUGCAGGGAGUUUGGCUGUUUUCGUAAACCAGACCAGAUUUUCAGCUUGGAUGUGGUAGCCAGUGGGACAAGGCCAGUGGACCCCCAUAUUAGAGAUAGGUGCAGAACUCAAGGGGUGGGUCCCCUAUCUCAGGUAUAUCAUAAAUGUCUAAAAUAAGAAUUAAAAAACAAUGCUGCUUUAAUAAUAUUGAAGAUAACGUUAAAAGUGAAAUCCUGUGUGAUCGUCUACUGCUCUGACUUGAUUCAUGAGCUCCCACCUUAAAGGGAACCUGUCACGUUGAACAUGGUGUGUGAGCUGCAGGCAGCAUGUUAUAGAGGAGGAGGAGCUGAGAAGAUUGAUAUUUUG